AUGUCGAAGAAACCUUCUGGAGACUGGAUCCCUCCAGUGCCUCCUCAUGACAAGCGGCUCAGCAGCCAAUCCUCACGUCACUCCCAUGGUUCUUUUCAUCAAGCUGAGAUUGGAGAGGCGGUGUCGGUUCCAAUCAAAAGAUCUUCCAGUGUCAAGACUCAAGGAAGUAUCCGUUACUACGAAGGGUCUCCACGGAAAGCUUCGGAGGCUGCUACCACGGAUGAAGAAUCUUUAUACUCUGAGAACCAGGUUAAGCUUGGAAGACUCAACACUAGAUUAAGCCAGGCACCUGCGGUGGAGGCCCCUCUGAUGACUUUGAAUACCGAAGUGGAGGACGUUGUUCCUCCAAGACUGAGAAGAAGACCUAUGAGUGAGAUUAUACCUCGCAGCUCCAAGGAUUCAUCUCCUCAGCAUGCUCAUAGGUUUUCUAUUAACAUUAGCGAUGAUUUAGACAAGCUCAUGGAGAAUGCUAGCAGCUUGCGAAGCGAGCCACUUUAUGAUGAACCAUACGGCGUAACCAGUCCAACUGAAUCUCACUACACUGCCCCAGAGCCAUCUACCGCAGCUCCAGUGAACACCAACAGACAUUCGACCUUCUCAUCUGGCAGUUUUGAGACUGCUGACAGUGGUGAAGGGUCAGAUGGCUUACCACUGGUUCCUGCCCAUACUGUGGCCAGUCGUCAAUUGCCAAAGAGACCUAGCCCUCAAAGUUUGGAAAAGGCUAGAGUCGCCUCGCAUCAAUUCAGUUUGUACUCGAGGGAAGACGGUGAGCGUACUCUUAGCUUCAAUGAAGCUGAAGCAAAGGCUAAGAACGAAGACGAGGAAAGCUCCAGCACGCAAUAUUUGAAUCCUUCUCACGGAAUGAGUAGUCAAGAAGAAUAUGGCAAGGCUUAUGAGAGAGAGUUUGCCAAAGAACAAGGCUUCACUCCAGACACUGCUACAAACAGCGAAGCGGGUACUAGCGUUGUCCCAAGCAGAGGCCCAAGUCUUCGGGCUGCUGUUGUUUCUAAGCAAGCAGAAGCAGGAGAACCAAAAGAGGAAGAUACCACGAUCACAGGCACAGAGGGUGCAGUAGCUGGACUCGCUACGGGGCUUGCAGUUGGAGCUGCUGCCACUGCAGCUGGAUCAGGAUUGGAACCACCAUUGGAGGCCAGUCGUAGUGAAGCAGCUGCCGAGCAACCCGCCGAGCAACCUGCCGAGGGGCUUGCUGAGCCUUCCGCUCAAUUCAACGAGCCUGAAGAACUCCAAGGUGCUGAAGAAGAACAUGAAAGACAGGAGCCAGGUCUGCCAUACCUAGAGCGUCCCCAGGCAGGUACUCUUCUUGCCAGAAGCGACCCAGAUAUCAUUGCUGCCAGAGACAGCGUCUACACAGACCAUGGAUUGCAAGGAUACCAAGCUGGAGACGACGAGUACUACGAUAUCGAAGACCCAGUGGUUGUACCCAAUCCAGUACGAGCCAAGUCAGUCAAGGACAAUAUCCAAAUGCCUAAGCGGAAAAGCACUAAGCGAAAAACGCGGAAAAAUGUACGCAGUGGCAGCAGCGGUAUGCACCUUAAGCCCUUUUCGUACAACACCCUCAUCAAUUUGCUCGAAAGCAUAAAUGGUGCAGUGAUUGGCGAAGAGUUUGAAACACUUAACAUCCCCAUCAAGGAGAAGCAGAUGAUCGAGAAGAUUGUGGAUUCGUUGAGUAGGCUUACAUCAGAUAUGAUCCUUGACGAGCACCGUUACGAAGUUGGGCUUGAACGGUUAGAGAAGGCACAUCGUGUGCUUGAAGGAUUCUUGUGA